GCGCUGCCGCGGGUGGCUGCAGAGCCCAGCCUGGGAGGAGUGAGAAGAGGUGGAGGAAGAUGGUGGAGCGGGAGGCCGGGUUAGCGGCUGAAGGGACAGCUUCUUCCCAGGUUUCCUGCCCGCCGCCAAGCAGAAGCAGCUGCUGUUGCCGCCCGCAGCCGUGUGCGCAGUGAGUGGGGUUAGCGCACAGGCUCCAAGCGAAAGCCUCAACACACAAAAUGUCAGUAGAAUAAGUGAGGGUACUCUCUAGAACCUGCCAUGAACCACUUUGAGGGGCCACCUGAAGGAGAGGUCAAUGACGAACUAGGGAAUAGAGAGGUGAAUGAGUCUGUGGAGGCUGACCUUGAACAUUCUGAGGUAGAGGAGGAACAGCAACAGUAUGCCAUUCAUUACCCAAGAUGUGCCAACGGGAGCCAUGAAGGACACUCUAGACAGGAAGAGGAGGGCACGUUAGCACGGUCAGCUAGCACAGAGAGCGGCUUCCAUAAUCACACCGAUACUGCUGAGGGAGAUGUCAUAGCCACAGCAGAAGAUGGCUAUGAAGCAGAUAGAGUGCUAGAGAAUGAGGAUGAGAGUGCCUAUGCGGUUCAAUACAGGCCUGAGGCAGAGGAAUACACUGAAAAUGCUGAGGCAGAACAUGCUGAAACUAUUCACAACCGGACUCUUCCCAACCACUUGCACUUUCAUUCCAUUGAACAUGAGGAAGCCAUGAAUGCAGCAUAUUCAGGCUAUGUGUACACCCACCGGCUCUUCCACCGAGGGGAAGAUGAGCAAUAUGCAGAGCCCUAUGCCGACUAUGGGCUUCAGGAACAUGUGUAUGAGGAGAUAGGUGACACACCUGACCUUGAUAUCAGGGAAGGUCUUAGACUCUAUGAGCAAGAGAGGGAGGAGGCUGACAACUACCGCAAGGAAGCCCUGGGUGCCCGCCUCCACCAUUAUGAUGAGCGCUCAGACGGAGAGUCCGACAGUCCUGAGAAGGAGGCAGAGUUUGCUCCCUAUCCAAGAAUGGACAGUUACGAACAAGAGGAAGAUAUUGACCAAAUUGUGGCUGAAGUCAAGCAGAGCAUGAGUUCUCAGAGUCUAGACAAAGCUGCUGAAGACAUGCCAGAAGCAGAGCAGAAUGUGGACACUAGUAACGCUCCUGCUAAUGUGCGUCACAAAAGCAACAGUCAACUUUCAGUUGGCUCUAGACCCCCUGUUAAUGUGGGAGAAACAGUGCAAAGGUAUAGCAAGGAAAAAAGGGAUGCAAUUUCACUGGCCAUCAAAGACAUUAAGGAAGCUAUUGAGGAAGUGAAGACAAGGACCAUCCGUUCUCCUUAUACCCCUGAUGAGCCCAAAGAACCCAUUUGGGUGAUGAGACAAGAUAUCAGCCCAACCAGGGAUGGUGAGGAUCAGAGGCCACUAGAGGGAGAUUCUCCUUCUCCUGAUUCAUCUUCACCUCAAGGUGCCGAAUCAUCAAGUAUGCAACAUCACCAAGAUGUCUGUGGUACUGCAGAAACCCCCACCAAUAAAGAGUCAAGAAAAAGCUUGGCUUCUUUCCCAACCUAUGUUGAAGUUCCUGGGCCCUGCGAUCCUGAAGAUUUAAUUGAUGGAAUCAUUUUUGCUGCCAAUUACCUUGGCUCUACUCAGCUGCUUUCGGACAAAACUCCAUCCAAGAAUGUGAGAAUGAUGCAGGCUCAGGAAGCUGUGAGCCGAAUCAAGAUGGCCCAGAAAUUAGCCAAAAGCAGAAAGAAGGCCCCUGAAGGUGAAUCUCAGCCCAUGACAGAAGUUGACCUCUUCAUCUCAACGCAGAGAAUAAAAGUGCUGAAUGCAGACACUCAGGAGGUGAUGAAAAUUCCCUUUAAUUUGGAAAACGAAACUAUGAUGGAUCACCCUCUGAGGACCAUUUCAUACAUUGCAGAUAUUGGGAAUAUAGUCGUACUGAUGGCUCGCAGGCGAAUGCCAAGAUCAAAUUCCCAAGAUAAUGUGGAGGCAUCUCAUCCCUCUCAGGAUGGGAAGAGGCAGUACAAAAUGAUCUGCCAUGUCUUUGAAUCUGAGGAUGCGCAGCUAAUUGCACAGUCCAUAGGCCAGGCCUUUAGUGUGGCCUACCAGGAGUUUCUGAGGGCCAAUGGAAUAAAUCCAGAAGACCUGAGCCAGAAGGAAUACAGCGAUCUGCUUAACACCCAGGACAUGUACAACGAUGACCUGAUCCACUUCUCUAAGUCUGAAAACUGCAAAGAUGUUUUCAUUGAGAAGCAGAAGGGAGAAAUUCUGGGCGUAGUGAUUGUAGAGUCCGGAUGGGGAUCCAUCUUGCCUACAGUUAUCAUUGCCAAUAUGAUGCAUGGAGGACCAGCUGAGAAAUCUGGGAAGUUGAACAUCGGGGACCAGAUCAUGUCAAUCAAUGGGACUAGCUUGGUUGGCCUCCCACUCUCUACAUGCCAGAGUAUCAUAAAGGGUUUGAAAAACCAGGCCAGGGUUAAGCUGAAUAUAGUGAGAUGUCCUCCAGUAACUACUGUCCUCAUCAGAAGACCAGACCUCAGAUAUCAGCUAGGCUUCAGUGUACAGAAUGGCAUUAUCUGUAGCCUUAUGAGAGGAGGAAUUGCAGAACGAGGAGGGGUACGAGUGGGCCACCGAAUUAUUGAAAUAAAUGGGCAGAGUGUUGUAGCAACCCCUCACGAAAAGAUUGUUCACAUUCUCUCCAAUGCGGUUGGUGAGAUUCAUAUGAAGACCAUGCCAGCUGCCAUGUACAGACUCUUGACUGCACAGGAACAACCAGUUUACAUCUAAAGCUCACCCUCCCGGUGUGGAUGGAGGACAUUUUCCAUUAGUGGUGGUGUUUUCUUGUGCUGCAUUUUGGUGUCUGCAGCAACAUCUCUUUCACUCUCUUUUCUCACCUUUUCUCAUUCUGCUGUGUACAAGAUGGCAUUUUUGGUUGCACCUUUUUAGUACUAGAGUUUCAUGCAAUUCUUCACAGAACAGAAAAAUAACCAAGGUUUUCUUUAACACAACACAACACCCACACGCAUGCACUUGUUAGUGACAUUGCCAUUUGUGCUUCUGCGGGUGUUAAGACAGAAAACACAGGUACGCUGACUGAAAAUAAAUUAGAAAGCUCUUUUCACCAAAUAGAACAAACAAAGGGGUAAAAUUCUCCUCUUAAGAGUAGGAUGUUAACCUGCUUAUCCUAUAAUGUUGCUAUGCUAUGUAUGUCAGGAGAGCAGCAAGAUGAUAAUUUUUGCCCUAAGGAAAAAGUUGAGUUAUGUUUGAAGAAGGAAAUUUGCUGCUAACCCAACUUUCAGGUGAGCACUACCUUCCCUAAUGUUGGGGACUGUCAAUGAAAGGUGGUAGUUAUCCCAUGCAGGAAAUUCUCCGGCACUAAAAUGUACAUUGCCUCUGGGAUAUGUGCGUUCACAAUUUCACUCCUUGGGAUGUAAGCUUCCCUGCCUGCUUUCCCAAAAGUCCUUUAUUUUUUAGGUGCAGCAUGAUUUUUGCAAAUGGCUUUUCUAUUUCUUACUUUCUUUCUAAGGUUGAGUGAUAAAAUACUAAAUAUCCAGCAGAAACAAUGUGGUCGUGGGUGGGGAGAGAGUGCUGUCAGAUCUUGACUUUCUAAGCCUUUUCAUUUUGUGUAUGUAUGUGUACGUGGCCUAAUAGGUUGUCACAUUUUUAAACUGUAUGGCUUGAUAUUUAUGAUUUUUUAACAGGUCUACAUACAGUUCUAAAUUGUUUUGUUGUUCUGAGCCAGUUUACUUUUAACAUAUCUUUGGUCCAAAAGUUUGUAUUUAAUUUUUUAAGACAAUUUCUCUUUAAUUUUGGACCAUAAUAGAAUAGUGGAAGGUAUAAAUUUAAUUUAUUUUGUAAUAUAUAUAUAUAAAUAUAUAUAAAUAUAUGUAAAGUUAAUCCCACGUAUGGGAUGCUAAAAGAGUAUGUUCAAUUACUGUAGAUGCUUGUGCAAUGAAAGAGUAUUCCAAAAAGUUUUGAUUAUGGUAUUUAAAAAUCAAGGUCAGUGUAGACUGUAAUAUUUGUAGUAAAACUAUUUGGCAAAAACACAAAAGUGUAGGUCCUGUGGCACCUUAAAACACUUAUUUAUUUGGCAUAUGCCUUGGGGGGAUGCAGCCCAUAAAGGAUUCACUCACAAUACAUGUCUCGAUCUUUAAGGUGCCCCAAUAUUUGUUAUUAGUUUUGCUAUAACCAUUAACAUGGUUACCCUUCUGGAAUCUAAUAAUUGUGUGGGGGUGUUGGAAAAUAGGAAAUGCGGAAUAACAAGGGGUAAGGUGGCAGCCCAAUUUAGUGUUCAGGCCAGGGCAACACUGGUGUACCAGGUUGAGUGUUUGCAUGUUGCAUGGACGUGCAUUGUGCACACAUGUUGCAUUAGAUAUGUAAUGGUGUCCUCCUUGGGAUUCAGUGCCCUGCAUGGGUGUUAUAUGUAAAUGCAUGUGGAUCCCAACCCCCUACAACAAACACAGAAGCUCUGGGAGGGUGAGAGGCUGGUACUGCGAUAGAACCUUGAACCACUUAAGAUAACUGUGAUACAAACAGCCUGUUAGGAGGCCUGCAAUUACUACAGCUCUAUGCGCCCAAUCCCUAUGCAUUGCCAGAAGUGGCUCUGCAACAUAGGAAUAGUGACAAGACUGGAGUGCUAGUUUCUUUCUUCAUUUACAAAAGAGUUGUACAUGAAUAUAUUAUAUUGCUUAUAUAGUAGUGUUAUAGGAAACCGAUAUACAGGCGCGGGGGAAUAGAAUCUUUCAGCCAGGCCAACUCUAGCAAGCCAAUCCUGGCCUCUUUGAUGCACCUAAACCCAGUGGAACAAAUGGGCAACUCUGCAUAGGGUUGGGCUGUGUAUAUUUAAAUUUCAUAGAAAGUUUGGACCAAAUUUGAUGGUGUUGCUUUAUUGAAACUAAGUGGUUUGGAUGUGAUCAGCAACCUGAAUGGGAGACCACUAGGAGCUCUUUAUAAGAGCAGAAUAUACAUAUAAUAAACAAGUCCUUUUAAAAAAACCACUUUGUUCUUUUUAAAGCAAAACAAACAAAAUAAAGUAUUAUUUUUGCAA